AUGAGGAAGCAUCUGGGCGGAUGGUGGCUGGCCAUUGUCUUUAUCCUGCUCUUUGGCCACCUCGCCGUGGUCAAGGCCAGGGGCAUCAAGCACAGAAUCAAGUGGAACCGGAAGGCCCUGCCGAGCACGGCGCAUAUCACCGAGGCCCUCGUCGCGGAGAACCGCCCGGGAACCUUCAUCAAGCAGGGCCGGAAGCUGGACAUCGACUUCGGGGCGGAGGGCAACAGGUACUACGAGGCCAACUACUGGCAGUUCCCCGACGGGAUCCACUACGACGGCUGCUCUGACGCCAACGUGACCAAGGAGGUGUUUAUGGCCAGCUGCAUCAAUGCCACCCAGGCGGCCAACCAGGCCGAGUUUUCCCGGGAGAAACAGGACAACAAGCUGCACCAGCGCAUCCUCUGGCGGCUGACCCGGGAGCUCUGCUCCAUCAAGCACUGCGAUUUCUGGCUGGAACGGGGAGCGGGACUUCGGGUCUCCGAGGACCAGCCGGUGAUGCUCUGCCUGCUGCUGCUGCUUUGGCUCUUGGUGAAAUAA